GCGCCAAAAAAUCAGCUGGAUGCAGACGAUGCGAAAGAGGUUGCCUUUGUUUUUCUUCUUGUGAACGUUCGCUUGUAAACAAUAAUUAUGUAAAGUGUGAAGUACAUAAUAUUAUCGUGAUAUUAAUUUUCCUUUGAACUUCUGUUAGAUUACAUCUAGAGAUUAAUUGAAUUUUUACUUUAACAAAUUACUCAUACGUUACCGGCUAACCUCUUCCCUUAGUAAAAAUGAAGUUUAGGUGCAAAAUGGAUGAUGCUGGAGCGAUGCGGGACUUUACAAAUGUUGCAACAACAAUUGCACGAAUGUCCAAACAGUGUGUCCUACGUCUGACACAAGAUGCAGUUUACUUUAAUGCUGCUGACGAAAGUACACCGAUGGUUUGGACAAGAUUGGAUCAAGCUCAUUUUUUUAGAGAAUACUUGGUCGAAGGAAAGUCAGAGCAAUUCAAUGAAAUUUACAUGGAAUUGAACACAGCAAUGCUUUCCAAGAGUGCCUCCACAAUUAAAAAUUCUGCAAAAAGCGUCAAAAUAAAAUUGACCAACAAACAGCAAGCUUGCAUUACCUUUGCAAUCGAACUACCUUCCAUCAGUGCUGAAAGUCGACUUUGCGUCCAUGAUAUACCAGUUACAAUUGUAUCCCAAAAGAGGUGGAGUGAGUACAAUGAGCCCCACUAUGAUAAGUUUGAUAUAUCAUUGCAAAUGCCUCAAUUCAAGCACCUACGAAGUGUUAUGGAAAGAAUAAAGAAUAUGAGUCCAGUGCUGGAACUUGCAGUCGAUACCAAUGGUACACUUGCAUUUAAAGCAGAUGCAGAUUCUGCCACGAUCACAGUACACUUUCCUUCUCUUACGGUAUACGAGUGCAAUGCAACUGGUGAAACCAUAAUGGCAAGCGUUGAUAUAAAGAAAUUCCAUGCCUUUUUAGCGUGGGAUGCUGUCCAUCCAUCUUAUAUAAAAUGUCACAUAAUUCAUAACAGGGUAAUUCACAUUAGUUUGGAAUUGGACAGUCACCUGCAGAUAAAAUACUACAUUCCUGCUGUGGACAAUCCUUCGUAGUUCGUAAAUAAUCUCCUAAUUGUUUUAUAUGUAAAAAUGGAUAUUUAUUUAAUAAUUUUUAAGAUAAAUUUUAUAUUUUGAUAAUCAACUACUAAUAAAAUCAGUUAAAAAAGACUA